UCACAGGCCUUUUACGACGCCACCAAGAAGUUCCGCUGAACCCACCGCGGCACAGUUCCGGUUGAGACCUUUCCGGGCCGGCGCGCACGGCCCUCGUCUUUUUUUCUGUGCGUCCCGAGCAGCGUUCCCGGGACUGCAUCAUGGAGGCGCGUUUCACGCGCGGGAAGUCGGCGCUCCUAGAGCGCGCACUGGUGCGGCCCCGCACUGAGGUGAGCCUGAGCGCCUUCGCCCUUCUCUUCUCCGAGCUGGUGCAGCACUGUCAGAGCCGCGUUUUCUCUGUGGCAGAGCUCCAGGCACGCUUGGCUGCCCUGGGCCGCCAGGUGGGCGCCCGAGUCCUAGAUGCCCUGGUGGCCCGUGAGAAGGGUGCUCGGCGUGAGACCAAGGUGCUGGGUGCGCUGCUGUUCGUCAAGGGUGCGGUGUGGAAGGCACUGUUCGGCAAGGAGGCGGACAAGCUGGAGCAGGCCAACGACGACGCCCGCACUUUCUACAUCAUUGAGAGGGAGCCUCUCAUUAACACCUACAUCUCCGUGCCCAAGGAGAACAGCACGCUGAACUGUGCCAGCUUCACAGCGGGCAUCGUGGAGGCUGUGCUCACGCACAGCGGCUUCCCCGCCAAAGUUACAGCGCACUGGCACAAGGGGACCACACUCAUGAUCAAGUUUGAAGAGGCUGUUAUUGCCCGAGAUCGGGCCCUGGAGGGACGCUGACCCCACGGGACAUAAAGGUUGAGCAGAUCCCGUUUCCAAGUUUGUGUUGUGUCUUGUGUAGGGGCGUCAGAUCUGCCGAUAUCCUGAUCCUGGUCCCCGGUCCCAGACUGAGGGAGUCGGAAGGCAAAGUUGUCAGGCAUAGGCGGAGAGUAAGGAACCGGACAUUGGGCUCACUUGGCCUGUGCUUUCAGAUAAGGUUGGAGGCUUGGAUGUACUGGGGAGAUCGGACACCUAUGGAAUUGUCGAUGGAGCCUGCAGUCUGGAGGGGCAGGGAUAUGAGGCUAAGAGGAACCAGGGCCUGGCAAAAUGCCAGCGCCAUAGCCUAGUUUGUAGGGUGCCCUGGGUUUGAUUCCUUACACCACAUAAAAUGGGCAUAGUGGUGCAGAUUGUCUCAUCCCAGCACUAGGAAGGUAGAGGGAGAAAGAUCGUAAGUUCAAGGCCAUCCUCUGCUAAGCAAGUUUGAGAUCAGCGGUGGGAGCAGAGGAUUCUUUCUUAAACAAGUGGGAGGCAGGGGUACUCUUCCCUCGAAACUCAGUUUUCCUCAAAUCUCUUUUUUUUUUU